GGAGCGAGAAGUUCCCGACUUCGCUUUAAACUCCCGUUUAAAAAUGUGUCGGUUAGGAAGCAGAUAGUAUGAGCUGCGUGGGGGGGGAUUUGUUCUUUAUAAAUUAUAUUGCGAGGAAACCAGUGUGACGACCGGUUUAUGAUAUGGCGCAGAAGCAAAUAUAUUAUUCUGACAAAUACAAUGACGAUCACUAUGAGUACAGGCAUGUUGUGUUGCCCCGGGAACUGGCCAAGCAAGUGCCCAAGUCGCACCUCAUGUCUGAGGAAGAGUGGAGGAGGCUUGGAGUGCAGCAGAGCCUUGGAUGGGUCCAUUAUAUGAUCCACGACCCUGAACCACACAUUCUUCUGUUCAGAAGACCUCUUCCAAAGAACUAAUAUGAACUUCUGGAAUCUUCUGGGAUAUUCAUGUUUCUUAAUCUGGUAUUCAGUGAAUACUUGUAAGCCUGCAAAUCAACAUCUCUGUCUGAGCUGUAUUCUUCACAGCAGCAAGUUCAGCCAAAUGACACAGGAGAUUUGGAAGUUCUUACUAGGGAUAGUGAUUGUAAUAUUGUAUAUGAAAACUACGGGGAGGACAUUAAUGCCUAGGAAUGUCACAUGGUCAAAGUAGCCUUUGAAUAAAGUAGUUGCAUUAUUGAUCUAGUUUUAGAUGAUAUUUACAGCAUGUACUGGUAAAUGCAUAUUUAAAACGGUUGCAUUUUUCUUUUAACAGUAAUUGGUAUGCAGUGCUGUUUUGUGCAUUACUCAUUGUCAGUUUGCAUAGCACACAUGGCCACUUGUCCCACAGAUGUAAUAAUAUACUCAGUGGUGUAAUGAAAUGUAAAUAAAAGUUAU